AUGGAGCCAUUCUCUUUAUCUUGUAGGAGGGCCAAUGGAUUUUGCAGGUAUUACAUACGUGGAGAAUGCAGGGAGGGAGAUAAAUGUAGAUUUUCACAUGACAGCAAAGAUGUCCCUGUUUGUCACUAUUAUCAGGAAGGACGCUGCUUAUUUGGAAAAGAUUGUUGGUACAAUCACCCAGAUGAACAACUUUUAAUGCCUACUGUUUAUCCAGCUAUGGCUGUUAUUGAAAUGGGCGCCGUUGAAGCAGGAGGCAAUCUUAACCUGCUGUUAGCUGCUGCUGUUGCUGGAGCACAAACAGAUGAUGAUGAUGAUGAUGACAGCAGCAGUGAUGGUGACCAUGGGCGUGACCCUCUGACCUUAGACGAAGCUAUGGAAAUGUGGAACUGGCACAAAACGAGACAAGCCCGUGAACAAUCAAGUGAAGCCAAGCAAACAGAGGAAGACAGUGAUGAAUCCAGUAACGACUCCGACGCGUCCAUUUGCUUAGAGAAACACAUCCACGAGUUCUUUCACGAACUCAGAAACCAUGACUUAAGUUCAUGGGAAACUGAAACGGUGUAUAAGCUCAUCUCUAAUCUGGCUGAAUUGUCCAUCAAAGAAUUUGACGAGUAUAACAUCGCAUUGAGCUUAAUCUUGGGGGAAACUGUUCGUCAUUGGCGCCCAUCUGCCAGCGGUACUGCAGAAUUGUUCUUGAAGAUAUGUGAGAAGGACGACUCAGAUCUUUCUAGUUUAGUUCUUACGCUGUGUAACGCGCCAGUUAGAGUCAAAUUUCUGGAGAGCCACAUAGCAUGUAUUUUGACGGUCGCGCAAAAGACUUUCACCAAGGAGUGGUCUGCGGAAGCUGUGGGGAAACUUCUUCAAGUUGUCGAAGAUAAUGGGUUUAAUAUCGACGCUACAGAGGUUUUUCAUCGUAUGGGGAGAGAGCUCGCAGACCCUGAGGCAUUAGGGAAGCUUGUUCGGGAAUAUCUCCUAGCUACGGGAGAAAAAGAUUCUUUCAAAUGUAGAUGUAAGACGGCUGAGUGUGAAUGCACAGUUACAGUGGACGAAGGUGUCGCUUAUAUCGUUUUCGCAGGACUAGAGAGGAAGAUGAAUUGGGACGACGAAAAGAAAUUAGCGUUCUUCAGGACUGCCACAGAUACGUUAUGGGCACCUGAUGUUUUGAGCGAAUUAGGUGAACUUUUCAAUAUCAAGGAUCCCAUGAACGUUUGCCAACCUCGAGUUGACAAACGCCUCAACUGGAAUGCGAAGGAGUUUGUGAAGGCUGAAGAGCGCGCUGUUGUAGAGAGACCUCAAUCGAAACCAAACAACCAAGGAAAAUAUCAGUGCAAAGGAGCAAAAUGCUCUAACCAGCCCAAGAAAGGCUGCGAAUUUGAAAUGUGUGGACGGUGUUGUAAAAAGAUCGCCGAGCCAUGUUCCGUCCACGAUGAUGCGUUUAGUGUAUUCGAGCGCCCAGUUUUCGAACAGAAUUUAAGCUUCUACAGGAUUGAACCCAAAGUUUUCUUCAGUUCCAGGGACGAUUUGGAUGAUGUCAGCGGUACUCCUACACCAUUUCGAAGCGUGACAUUCGGUUCAGAAUUUUCUGUGCGGGACGAUGACAUCAUAAAAGCCGUGGACUUAUGCAAGGACAAUUUACUGGUACUAGAGCUUGGAUCCUCAAACACAGGGACUGGGGUAUGGUUGUCAGAUGCAGCCGUGCACCACAUUGCCAGCAACUGUCCCAAUCUGCGCAAACUCCGUUUGGAGUCCGUCACGGGGGCUACCGAUGCCGCGGUCAUUGAUAUCAUGUACAGGUGCCCGCUGCUGGAAGAACUAGAAGUCAGCGGUCAUGAUCGCAGCUCGGGGUCUCUGACGGAUGAAUGUAUUAAGCGCUUGUUUGACUUGAGUGUGUUGCCAAACUUGAAGGGCUUAAUCAUCACUGAUCAAAUGCGCGUGCACCAUGAUGUGGUAUACCGACUGCGCAGGCGUCGACCCAAGCUGAAAAUCAUCGCUGGCGAAACCGACAGCGACAGCAUGGCGCACUCCAUGGUGCUAGGAAUGAUGGGGAUGUUCUAUGGAGACGGGCUAUAUUGAUUGGUUCUCUCUAGGCUGAGGUUUAAGUACGAUGGCUCCGCCCACGAAAGAACUGAACGAGAUUUUCCAGUAAAUCAAGAAUUUGUCAGAGCCCUGGAUUAGUGAUCCCAAAAAGCCAAAGUUGUUACCAGAUGCUAUGUUUGAUUUGAAAAGCCUGGGCUAAUUUUAGCCAAUGAGAGGCACCUUUACGUGACUUUUUUCAUCAGUGCUGUUUGAAGUACAGUUUGAUGUUUAGAAUUAUGUUGGAGUAACAAAAGGAGAAUAUUAAUUGAAUCAAAAGAAAACUUUAAAAUCAGUGUUUACUAUGUUGAACCUGUAAAUUAUGAUUAGUAAAUAACGGACGUGUGUCAAGAGUUCAAAUAAUUAUAAAUUCAUUAUUUAAUUAUUAUGUUUAAUAUUAUAGAAGAGUGACUUUGAUUAUUACUAUUGGCUCAGUUUAAUUCAAUUUAGCGCACAUUUGUCGUGGAGAACUUUACGACAUCAACGUAAGGAAUUUUGUCUCCACAGUAUUGUGAUAGUGUUGUAUAU